UCGCUCUUCAAGCCAGAAACAAUUUCGCUGUCAAUUCGCUGUUUCUCAGCAUCUAUCUGGCAGCAAUGGCGAGCAGAACAGUGUGCACAACGGCCUCGAGCACUUUCUCAAUGACGACACGAGCCCGACCACGAGACAUUCCGAGACGCAUACGCCAGGCGAUACAGAGCAGGGGCUUGCGGAUACAGACAUCGAGCAGAUCAUUACCAUCCAGCAGACAGUCGUGGUCAAACGGAUCGAGGCAGGUUGCAUUCACGAAGUCACCUCAUGCUCUCUGGACAAACCCCAUUCAACGAAACGCAUUGGCGCAAACUCAACGAACAUUUGCCUCUUCACCUAUACGACAGCACGGCGAUCUUACACCUCCGAAGCCUGGGGAGGAGCGAAAAGUCACGUUCAUUGACAAGGAGGGAAAAGACUGGACAUUCGAGGUGGCAGAUGGAGACAAUUUGUUAGACAUUGCCCAGGCCAACGACUUGGAGAUGGAGGGUGCUUGCGGAGGGAGCUGUGCCUGCAGUACAUGUCACGUAAUAGUGAGAGACGAAGAGAUGUUCGAUAAGAUGGAGGAGCCCUCGGACGACGAAAACGACAUGCUUGACCUAGCAUUCGGUUUGACUGAAACUAGCAGACUCGGGUGCCAAGUUGUAAUGAGCAAGGAACUCGAUGGCCUGGUGAUCAAGCUACCAUCAAUGACCCGCAACCUCCAAGCCUCAGAUUUCGCGGAGAAGAAGUGAACAAAAGCCCUUCCCGCAACUGACAGCUGAGCUGCACGAUCAGCAAAUACCUAAUACCGUACGCGACCUUCCCAAUAUGGGCGUACAACCGCAUUGCAUAGUGCGGCGCAUGUAAAAAUACCUUUUGUUGUACAGAAACGACGCAUCGACGACUUUACGGCUCGAAACACGAUGGCGAGGUAGAUCGCAGCACUCACCUCUGAAUUCCGC